UUACCUUCGCUCGACCAAUCACAGGUCAGCUAUCGGGAUUUCCCGCCCGCCAUUCACAAGUUGUAAUUUUGAAAGCUGGAUACGACAAUUAUGUACAUUUUUCAUCAGUAGUACCCGUCAAACGUCUACAACAUGCUUCACGAGGUGCUGCUGGCACUCAGCGGAUACCCUGGUAACAUAUUUGUAGAGAAGGACGGUAGUUUGGAGGUUGUUCCAGAUCUACCAUUUAUCCAUCCCAGUGAGCAAGAGAUCCUGUCAUCACUCUGCAAACUUGGCACUUUUUACAUGAAGUUCAAAGCCUUCACAGCAAAGUAUGGGGGAGCACCUAUUCAUCCUGGCACAGAAGAAGCUCACACCUCAGACCUCCAUGGCCUGUACCUGAUAGCAUUCUGCAGUGGAGUGGAGAAAGUUCUGGAACCCUACAGACAGGCACUGCUCACCCUGGAGCGGGAGAUCCUUGAGGAUCCUCAGCUGACGGUGUUUCAUGUCCAAACUGAACUGAUGCAGUACAAGCUGCUGUUCCCAGCCAUAGCAUCAGUAAUCAGACAAGUGGAGAGCCAGCGAGCACAUGGCUGUUACAUCCUGGAGAUCCUGCACAAGAACUCUUUCUGUGGGAUGCCAGAAGUCAGGAAUGCCAUGGAGAUAAUGCUGUACUAUUGUCAUGGGGUGCUCUACAAGCAACUGUCAGCCUGGCUGCUUCAUGGACUCCUGUUGGACGGAUAUAAUGAGUUCUUCAUACACCAAGGAAAGGUUUUGGCGGAUGCAGCCCGAGCAGGAAGCCAGGGUGAUGAUGAUGACCUGGGGAUCGGGGGCUUGUCAGGGAAGCAGCUGAGAGAACUCAUGCAAAUUGCUGGGGAAGAAGAGGAGAGGAAGACUUAUGUACAGUUUGCUCUGAGACCAGAGAUGCUUCCCUCCUACAUCCCUGUCAGACUGGCAGAGAAGAUCCUGUUUGUGGGGGAGAGUAUACAGAUGUUUGAACACGACAAGGACAGACCCGCCAUGAAAAGAACAGGUUCCAUUUUGAAAAACAGUGAGGACCAGUUUGCUGAAGAGCUGCAUCAGCUGUCCAAGGCCUCUCUGUUCAACUUGGCAGCUUUCGAGUCUGUCAUUGACAGGAUUCGGAAAAGUGUGGCUGAGCACUUGUGGAAAUUAGUUGUUGAGGAAGCAGAUCUGAUUGGACACCUAAAGCUGAUGAAGGAUUUCUACCUCCUGGGGCGAGGGGAGCUGUUCCUGGCUUUCAUCGACUGUGCACAGAGCAUCCUCAGAGGCCCUCCCACAAACGUUACUGAACAUGAUGUAAAUGCAGCAUUCCUCCAGGCUGCCAGAGACGUGCUGCUGGAUGAUGAUGAAGUCACUCAGUUUCGUCUUUCUGUGCAGACCAAGGGACAAAAAGGACAGAAAAAACCUUCAGGGCCCAUCCCAUCAGGGGAGAGUGGUUGGGGUGUAUUGGGUCUCUCCUAUUCUGUGCAGUGGCCACUGCAUAUCCUCUUCACUGAAGCUGUACUAGACAAGUACAACACCAUGUUCAGAUUCCUGCUGAGUGUGAAGAGAGUUCAGCUAGAACUGCAGAACUGCUGGGCACUGCAGAUGGAAGGGAAACAUCUGGGCUCCCAGCAGUCAGACGUGGCCAAGUGGCAGCUACGAACACACAUGGCAUUCCUACUGGACAACUUACAGUAUUAUCUACAGGUGGACGUUCUGGAGACCCAGUUCUCCCAGCUGGUGGAGAAGAUCCAGGCUACGAGAGACUUUGAGAACAUCCGUCUGGCGCACGACCAGUUCCUGUCCUCGCUGCUGGCACAGUCCUUCAUCCUCAUGAAACCUGUGUUCCACUGCCUGAAUGAAAUCCUGGACCAGUGCCACAAUUUUGCCAUGCUGGUCUCCUUGAACCCCGGGGCACUCAAUGAGAGACAACUGGAUCUGCUGGAGACUAUUGCAAAGGACUUCAGCCGCCAGUCCAACCUGCUGUUUAAGAUCCUGUCCAGCGUGAGAAGUCACCAGGCCUCGCCCUACCUGGCACAGCUGCUGCUCAGGGUCGACUACAACAAGUACUUCAGCCAGGCUGGAGGCACCCUGGGCAGUUACACAGCUCCAGUACCUCCCUCCUCAUCCUCCACAACUACAACUGUCUGAUUCCUGGCCACAUCCUUACCUGUCAGACAGGAACAACUGCAUACACAGGAGAUCUGAGUGAUUGCUUUGGACUAGAAGAUACAUGUACUGCUUACUAUUGUAUAAAUAUGGAAGGUUUUACUGUUAAGCUAAUGUGAAGCUAAGCUUACAACAGAUGUAAAUGAAGUAGAAACAGUUUGAGGUGUGAAACACUCCUCAGUACCACAAAGAAAAUGCUCAAAAUGCUGUCACUGUCGUACAGUUUGGUAAAUAAAUAAUCUGUUCUCUGCAACUUGUUGGCUGUUAUCAUUUAUAUUCUUAUCUCUCUUGUGUCACAGUAAAACUCUCAGAGCUCUAAUGAUAAAAGGACAACAUUUACAUGUUAUCUUUUCCACUUUUAUAUGAAUAUGGUCCAGUUAGAGACAAUAAGCAGCAAGAUGCCUCCACCAGGCUUGGAAUGCCGGCUGUUUGACUUUGUCCUUCGUCUCUGCACAUAUGUUGUAAAGCUGCCCACAUAUUUCCAUCACCAUGGCAACUACUUCCCUCCAAACCAGGAGCCGAACAGGUUGUAGAAUAUGGACGCCGUGUUGUCGUCAGGCAAGCGUGGCUGACCUGGCAGGGUGGGAGGUCGGUGGUCAGGCAGUCUCCGGGGCCAUCUGUCAUCGGGAUGACUUGAUAUC